AUGGAACUCCUUGUCGUGUUGCUAGGACUAUUCCUGUGGGCUGGCGCCACGCCGGUUCUGGAGAAGAUGGACCCCAUUUGGAAUAAAGAGAAAAUGUGUAACGGAUGGGACCUUUCGACUGCUGGAGGCGUUGAGCGACUGUGGCAAGAAACCGCCGCGGGCUUUUCUCUCGAUUUUUUCCUCGAAAUAAGCCUGAGCUGGACCACCAAGCUUGAACAUAAAAUGCGAAGCAGUGGUCGUCCCGGAGUCGGCGGCUGUUCGACAAUCGGCGGUCAAUGCAGCCCUUUUAGCGACUGGGACUGCGAGAGAUACUAUGAUGAAACCAACAAGACUGGCUUUGGCAGAAACUCAUACUGGGUCUUCCAAGCCGUCAUAGGGCUACACAGCAAGAUUGACAAGAUCAACGAAGAGAUUACUCGACAAACCCUGGUGGAGAAUUUGAAGAUAUCGCAGACGCUCAGUGAGUUUGACGCGCCGGACACGAAGGCUUCAAGUGUGUUCAAGUGGAUUGCAGCCGCUGCAUCAAUGGGAGGCGGUCUCAUGCCUUUGCCAGGAGCGGGCCCUGCCGGAUUCGUGACUGCAGGACUAGCUAUCAUUGGCAGCAUCUCUUCUCAGAUGGCCGAUGCGGAAUCGAAAGAGAAUACAGAGGCGAAUGAUGUUGCAGUCGCCUUAGGGAAUGCCUUUGAAAGCCUCACGAAAGGCCUUGAAGACAUCCUUCGCGUCGCUACAGGCGGUGGAGUUGAUGACAACGAGUACAAUGCUCUUCCUUCUCUUGGAAACGAGAAGGACGAUUUUCUCAGCAAAGUCCCUGCUUUUCUGAACGGCGGUUGGCCAUUACUUGCUGAGGACUCGAGCGAAUUCACAGAAUGGGUUGACAUCAUCAGUGAUAACCUCAAGAUGAAAGUGGCAACUGAGGCCAUGAAGGCUUCGAAACUACAUCUGGUGGCAGACAGACACAAAGACGCCGCAACCCGAGAAGGAUGUGGAACCGACAUAGGCCGUCAGUGGAUGGAACUGAGAAGCGGCGAAGAGUACUGUUUCUACCUAAUGAGAGAAUCGGCUGACACUUUCUGGUACGAGGCCGAGCCCAGGAUCUACGAUGCGAUGGAGAGUCACGGCAUUGGGAAUCGAGUACCAUUCUACGCUGCCAUUAUUGACUGCGCCCUCAAUGGAAAUGGCGAUGGCGUGGAGAUUGGGGGUGGAAUAGGAAAGGUACCUCGGUGCUACUUCGACCUCCCGGCAGUAUUUUACGACGAGAGCGGGAACUGCAUGGAUCCUACCACUGAUGGCUGCAGUCCGGUAACAACUUCACCGCUCUCAUAG